GUGGCUACCAGCAGCCGGUGGCGACAUCUGGUGGAUACCAACAACCGACGGCGGCGACAUCUGGUGGAUACCAACAACCGAUGGCGGCGACAUCUGGUGGUUACCAGCAACCAGUGGCGACAUCUGGUGGCUACCAACAACCAACGACAGCGACAUCUGGCGGUUACCAACAACAGAUGGCGGCGACAUCUGGUGGCUACCUGUACGCGUCGCAGAGUUACGGCUACGCGACGGGACAGGCGGCGGCGGCGGCGGCAACGCGGCAGGGCGGGAAUACAGUGCAGUACGGUACGCCGCAGCAGCCUGGAAACAACGCACAGUACGGGGUCACACAAGCAGCAGUAAGCAGUGGUCAGUACGGGGCCACACAGGCAGCAGUAAGCAGUGGUCAGUAUGGGGCCACACAGGCAGCAGUAAGCAACACACAGUACGGAACCACACAGGCAGUAAGCAGUGGUCAGUAUGGGACCACACAACAACCGGCAAGCAUUACCCAGUUUGGUCAGUAUGGUGCCACGCAACCGACCGUGAGCGGUGGGCAAUACGUGGCCACGCAACCGGCCGUAAACAGUGGUCAGUACACAUCCACACAACAGCCUUGGAUGCAGAACGGAACCGCCACACAGCCUGCCACGAACAAUGCCUAUUUCGCAGCCACACAGCCAAACAGUACCCAAUACGGCGCAGCCAACCCAACCCCACUGACUGUAACUGCUGCGCAAUACGGAACCCAGCCAGGCAGCAACGUCCAGUAUGCGGCCGCGCAAAAUCCAACCGGCAACCCUCCAUACGGAACCGCCCCGCAUCCGAGCAUUCCCGUUGCCGCUUCGAAUGCCGCGACGCACGCACAGUACCACCUCCCGGUCACAACCGAGGCAAAGUACAGCCCUCAGAUGACCGUGUCGACAGCGGGAUCGUACCAGCAGGUGGCGCAGUCGAGCGGCGGCGCGCACGUGCUGUAUCAGGCCUCGGCGACCGGCGGAAGUCGUACGCUGCCGGCGCAGGGACAGGCGACGCGGCAAGACUUCGCGUAUGGUCAGCGGGGUGUGACGGGUCAGAGUGCGACGGGGCAGUACCAAGGCUUCCAUCAGCAGCAGCAGCAGCAGCAGCAGCAACAACAACAACAACAACAACAACAACAACAACAACAACAACAACAACAACAGCAGCAAUACAACACUCAGCCUCUCGCGUCGCAGGGGAUUGCCCAACCAGGGUACCAGCCUCCUCAGGCGUCCACGGAUACGAGCGCGGCUUAUUCCUCCCAGCAGUUUCCUCAGCAGCACCCGACGGUCGCCGCGGCAACCGUGGAUACGGCUGCCUUGACGUCAUUGUCCGGAAAACAAAGCCAGUAUGGAGGUCAAGCCCCUAGCGUGCAGACGUAUUCAUCCGUACAGCGAGGGAACUACACUAGUCAGUGGCAGCAGCAGUACUAUGGCACUCCAUCAGCAGUGGUGAACGGACACUCAGGCAAGGGGCAGUCACCAGUGCCGCAGCUACACGGGAACAUUCCUCAGGUCGUCGAACCCGCCUCCAUCGAAGACGUCGACGGCCCCAACAAUCGUCAGUACGACGCGCGGCCCGCCUGGCAGCUCGGCGGCAGCCCGGUGGUAGGGGGCGCCACCCUGCGCGGCGUCGCCUCCAGCGCCUCGCUCGCCAGCAACAUGUCCGACGCCUCGAUGGCCGUCAACCUCUCGCACGCGCCAAGCCUCGCCUCGCUCACCUCCGAACUCGCCGAACUCCCGCCGCCAGGGGGCGCCGGCGGCAGCGAGUCGCCGUCACUCGCCGUCGGCGUCCCGUCGUCGACGCCGAGUCUCACGUCGCUGACCUCUGACCUCGCCGAGCUGACGACGGGAGGAGGGUCGCCGCACGGGUCGCCCGCUGGGUCCGGGGGAGGGGCCGCGGCGACGGGGGAGGCGGGGGAGGAGCAGGAGAGGAGGAGGGAGAGGGAUCUUCACGAGAGGAUGAAGCGACAGCAGAGUAAGGAUCCGUAUGUCGAGUCGGAGAGCCUGGACAGAUUCGUGGCGGAAGUGGAGCGAUUCGAAAAGACCGUAGAGGGCAUGUGCAAACAUUCGCUGAGCGGGCCGACGCCCCUGGAGCGCGAGUGGAAGGAACUGUCGGACUUCCAGGAUAAAGAAUCGAGAAAGUUCUUGAUGUCGACGGCUAGGUGCUACUUCAUGAAGAAUCGAGAUCCGAACAUCAUGCCGUACGAUCAUAACCGGACGCGGCAGACAAGAUCCAUAGUUCAUUUACAGUUCACCGACUGGCCAUCAACGGGAGUGCCCGGCAGCCCGGCUUCACUGCUGUACUUCAUCACAGAGGUUCAGAAAUACUACAAGCAGCAGAGGAGCCUGUUGAAGCCAGUCGUCGUGCACUGCAUGGCGGGCGCCGGGCGGACGGGCGUGUUCAUAGCGAGCUACGGUGCUGUGCAGGAGGUGCAGGCGGGGGGAGGCGUGGUCGAGCCGGCUCGCAUCGUGAGAAACCUGCGGCUGCAUCGAAAGUUCAUGGUCGAGGACAAGGAGCAGCUGAAGUUCUGCGCAGAGGGACUGUUGUACUACGCGCAGGACAUGCUCAUGAAACGCGGCGCGGCGCGCGCGGGAGGCAUGCAGGUUGGCGCUCCCGCCACCUCCGCGACGGCGGCGUUUACCGAGUGUCCUGGUGUGCAACUGGCGCCCCCUACUGAGCCGGACCCGCCACCGCAGCCGCAGUCGUCCAAUCAGGUCGCGGCGCAAGAACGCGUCGCCGCUGACGACGACGACGACGACGACUGCACGCCGACGCACGUCGAGGUGUCGAAGGUCGCGGGGUCAAAGGUCGCGGAGUCUGCGGCGCCGGCGGCGGACGCGCUUCUCGCGAGCCUGACCAAUCCGAGCAACUUCACGCUGGAGGAGCCGUCGCCACGGAAACACAAGUUCACGCGCGCGGACUUCGAGACCGGCGGCGGCGGGGGCGGGGCCGCCGCCAUGACGGCUCGCGACGCAGACUCCGGAGAUCCCCUCGACCAACUGGAUCCGCUGUGGACGAUAAAACCGAGGAAGUGA